AUGAAGAUGGAAGUAUUUGCCGAGUGUGAAGAGCAGAAGGAGCGUGUGAAGGCCUGCUACGGAGAUUGGUUCCAGAAACUCUGGGGCGGCUCGUUCGACAAGGCGGACUGCGAGCAGGAAACACUGGACUUCCGUCAGUGUGUAGAGGAUGCGAUGAAGCGUCGUAAGGAGGAAGCAAAGAGCAAGUGGAACGACAAUGACAAUAGCUGGAUGGACCGCGCGAAGGAACAGGCGGAUGAUUUUGCAUCUGAUGCUAAGUCUCAAGCGCGUCAUGCAGGGAAUCGCUCUCAAAAUGAGAAGGAGAACGCCAAGAGCAAAGUAAAGGAUACGGCAUCGGAUGCGAGAAGCAGAGCACAGGACACGGCGUCAAAUGCAAAGAGCAAAAUGCAUGAGACGGCGUCAGACGUCCGAAGCAAGGCCCACGAUAAAGCGUCGGAUGCCAGGAGCAAAGUGCACGAUACGGCAUCAGAUGCCAAGAAGAAGGUUGACGGCACCGUUUCAAACGUGGCAUCCAAAGUGCAAGAGACAGCAGACUCGUGGGCGGACAAGAUCAAGGGACUCGCAAAGUAG